AAUUGAACGGCGGAGCGGUUGGAGCGGGAGCGCCGUGAGGGAGGCGGAGGCGGAGGGAGCGAGGGGACCCCGCCGCGCCGAGGCCGAGCAGCCGGUCACCCUCAGCGGCCGCGCCGAGGCCCGCAGUCCGCGUUCUCUCUCGGAAUGACCUCGAAGGAGAAUUACGACCCUCAGCGCCCGGGACUCUUCAAGCCGCCAACUCCAAACAGGGUGGGUAGUCCAAAGUAUUGUUUGAAGAAGCAGCUGAGUGGGUCGUGUAUUUCUGCUUCAUCCUCCCUAAUGCCUUUGAGGAACAUGUCUAAAGCUUCUACCGUAGCAACACCGGCAACAGCUUUGGGGCCUGGAGUUACAACACCUGAAAACCAGCAACAGGUGGUUAAAAAUUGGUGUAUUGACAACUUUGACAUCGGACGCCCUCUUGGAAAAGGCAAAUUUGGGAAUGUCUACCUGGCUCGUGAACGGGAAUCAAAAUUUAUUCUGGCACUGAAAGUGCUUUUCAAGUCCCAGCUUGAAAACGACAAUGUUGAGCAUCAGCUCAGAAGAGAGAUUGAAAUUCAGUCUCACCUCAAGCAUCCAAAUAUCUUGAGACUCUACAAUUAUUUCUUUGAUCGGACAAGAAUUUACCUUAUGCUAGAGUAUGCUCCUGGUGGAGAGUUGUACAAAGAGUUGCAGAAAUGUGGCUGCUUCACUGAACAGAGGAGUGCCACUUACAUUUUGGAGCUGGCAGAUGCAUUGCAAUAUUGUCAUUUAAAGAAGGUCAUUCACAGAGACAUCAAACCAGAGAAUCUGCUGGUGGGCCUUCGUGGGGAGCUGAAAAUAGCUGAUUUUGGUUGGUCUGUGCAUGCUCCUUCAUCAAGAAGAAAGACGUUCUGUGGGACUCUGGAUUACCUGCCUCCAGAGAUGGUUGAAGGACGGAUGCACGAUGAGAGAGUGGACUUGUGGUCCCUGGGCAUUUUGUGCUACGAGUUCCUUGUAGGUCACCCUCCAUUUGAAUCUGGAUCUCACCAGGAGACAUACAGAAAAAUCUGUAAGGUUGAGGUCCAGUUUCAAUCGAGCAUGUCAGAAGGUGCAAAGAGUCUAAUCAGUCAAUUACUUCGCCAUAAUCCAGUACUGAGACUUCCCCUCAAGGACGUGAUAGAACAUCCAUGGGUGAAGUCCAAUGCCCGCAGACUCCUUCCACCUAAAUGUACAACCAGUGAGAAUUAACAACUGCUUCACAGAUCCUGAAGAUGACUGACUUGUAUUUAAGACGUGAUGUGUAAUAUACAAACUAUAUAGUCAAUUGUUUUGUAGCUCUUCCUCCCACCCCUGACCCUGUCUGUCUGCAUGUUUCUGUCAUUGUUUGAACUGUGUCCUCUGGUCUGUUCACAUUUGCCAGCGAAUGUCUGGGUACUGGAUUGUAAAUUGUGUUUUCUACCCAUUGCUUCAAUUUUGUCCAGUUUUUAAUUGUUACAAAGUCACAGAGAAUUAUACAUGCCUCUGUUUCGCAAGCCUCAUAGUCACCUCGGUAGUUCCGAAUUACUGUUUUUAGUCAAAGCAGUUGUUGCUGCAAUGUGAAAACUAAUCCCAUGUUUUAAACCUGCAGUUCUUGUGUUCAUUUGCAAAUAAAUCAGUUGAAUCCAUAAACUGUUUGCUUUUUUGAAAA